AUGGUGGUAGAUUUGCUGUCAAAGAGCUUCGGCUCUUCCCUUCUCAACGAACAUCAUCUCGUCAAUCUGACAGCCACCCAAAUGGAAUAUCGAAAGCUGACCGACCUUUAUGAUUCUAUAUUCCCUAUAUUCUAUUGGAUCGCGGGUUCUAUUGGGAUCCCAGCCAAUCUCCUGCUAUUAUACUUGAUCAUUAAGAAGAGUCCACCAUCAUUGAAAGUUUAUAAAGUCUUACUACUCAAUCAAUGCAUCACUGAUCUAUUCUAUUCGUUUUCAAUAACAACGCUCCAGCCCAGAAUCAUUCCGAACAAAUGGGCAUUUGCAUACGUCUCGCUAGGACCGGCCAAAUAUCUAGGCUCCGAAUUUUCCUACGAAACAUAUUGUGUCCAAUUGCAUUCGAUUUUCUAUACAUUCCUGUCGUUCCCGUUAUCGUUUGGCUUUAGUCUUUGGAGCAUUGCCAUUUUCCAGCACAUAUCAUUCAUCUUCUCUGAAUGGCCGUCGGAGAAGGUUGUGGCUUAUUUAGCCGUUAAUAAGCCUCAUUAUAACAUGACUGGUCUGGUUGUUAGCGGGAAUCAUAUGUUGGAGAAACCAAUGACCUCAUUUGUCCUGGCGACCAUUGUUUUGCCAAUGUUCCCAAUUUAUGUAUUAGUUGUUUACUUCUAUCGUAAAGUUGAGGGAUUUUUGUCUAAUAAUGCAGAGAAACUACGAUCCCAGACUGUCAAAGGACAUCGAAGACUUUUAAUGGCACUUACAAUCCAAGCUGCCUUACCAGUGUGUACGAUAUUCCCACCAAUUGGCAUCUAUGGGCUUUACCACCUCGAAUUUAUUAACGUUACUAUCAUCGAAUAUCUUGUCUACGUUUUCUUCGCCUUUUACCCAGCUUUCAGCCCAAUGAUCACCAUCUAUUUCGUCAAACCGUACAACAUGGCCAUACAGCGGGCUACUGGCUUCUACGUGCGCAGUCUAUCGCAAACGACGGGAUUCUUCAGCGAAACCGUCGGUGGAGGUCAAUUCUUUGUCGGUAUUUCCGAAUGUCCAGCUGUCCUAUUCGAGCAU